GCUCAGUAAGGUUGUGUGCGGUCUCAGAUGAGACGUGUAAAAAAAUCUGAAACCAUAAUACGCGGUACUUAUCCACUCUGAUUAUUUGACACUUGUUUGUGGUUUGCUAGUAUGGUGAAUUUGGGUUGUGCCAACACGUACGGCAGCAGCAGUAGCAGCAACAUGGACCGCACGCCCCUCAAGCACUCCUUCUCCAUCAGCUCCCUACUGUCAGAGGCCGUCCUCAACGCUGUUCCCGAGGGUACACCAGAACAGCCGACGAAGGACGACGAUCUCUGUCUUCAGGAUUUUGAAAUGACAGCAGCCGUGGAAGAUGAUGAGGAGGAUAUUGACGUGACAGGCGCCGCCAGUCCCUUGGCCGGGAUCAUGUCUGACUCCGAGGUCGAGGAACAACACGACAAGGACGAGAAAGAGGCGAAGAAGGAGGAAGGAGACGACAAAAAGAAGCACGAGAAACCUCACUUCAGCUACAACGCCCUCAUCAUGAUGGCCAUCAGGUCCUCGCCGGAGAAGCGACUAACUCUGAGCGGCAUCUACGAGUUUAUCAUGAAGAACUUCCCGUAUUACCGGGAGAACAAACAAGGUUGGCAGAACUCUAUCCGUCACAACCUGAGUCUUAAUAAGUGUUUUGUUAAGGUACCGCGCCACUAUGAUGACCCCGGCAAGGGCAACUACUGGAUGCUUGACCCCUCGGCCGAAGAAGUGUUUAUAGGCAGCACCACCGGUAAGUUACGGCGCCGGUCUACUACAGCCUCAAGAAACCGCCUGGCAGCCUUCAAGCAGUCACUCCUUGGUCGCUUCGGGUGUUACUCCCCCUUGGGUCUGGCGCCCUACGCCGCAGCAGCCGCCGCCGCCGCAGGCUUGGGAGGCCCCUUGGUGGCCCUCCCAGGGGCGCUAUCUAGUGGUUUAGCCUCGACUACACUUUACCAGCAAGCGUCCGCCGCUGCUGCGGCAGCAGCACUUUACCGGAGUUAUCCACCCACAUAUUAUCACGGGAUGUUACCCACCUCCCACAUGGCCCCUCCUGGACCUCCUGCCGGGCACCCACCACCCACUGGCUUACCCAAGCCCACCGCUCUCAGCCCACCUCCCCAGCAGCCGCCCACCUCCUUCAGCGUGGAACACUUACUAUCAGACGCUCAUCCCAGCGCCCAGCCCAGGAACCUGCUAAUGGGUCUGGGUGGCCUCUCGUCCACCGCCCACUACGAUGCCUACAGAAACUCCUUGCUGGCCCAGAUGGGCGACGCUGGUCGGCGACACUCCCUCCACCGCCCCGUCACCGUGGUGGGCGGUAGACCCAGCUAAUUCCUCCACUAUUUCACUUCCUACCCUCCACCUCACCCGGGCGACGAGGUCCAAAUGGAGACGCCCAGGGCGGCCCACACCCGUCCACCCGCCGCCCCACACAGCUCACACCCGUAACGUACCUCCCCCACCAGUACCCACACCACAACACAACGCCCACACCUGACAGCUGGGAUAUUCUAAUUAUAAAAGUAUCGGACAAGUGGUCGUCGUGUGUGUGUGUGAGGGACUCCAUCACCUCAGUGGCUGCUACACCACCUUCAGGAACCCUCUCUAGCACUUCAGUCAACAUCUACAAUAGGAUCACACGAGAAACUGACGAAGGAUCCUCUGCACCAGAGCCUCCAGCCGCCUCUUACAAUUACUAUUGAACCUUCCAGUGAAAUCUCAAGUGCUACGAGGGUCACAUUUCUGGAGUAGUUCAUUAAAGUCUUUAAAAACCACAGAAGUAAAAUUUUUAACAAACUCCAGUCAGAUCCUCUCAAGGUUCCGUACAAUCAAAACAUGUCCAAAUAUUUCUCCAGUUACAAGAACCAUCCAUCGUCCAUCACACCUUCCAGGGAGUCUCCAGUCAUUUUAGUGUCCAUCUUCAUCCCGUCCAUUCCUCUACUAACCUUCCAUUUGUCACCGAACCUUAUAGUCUUGUGAUUGUUAAUACAGUGAGGGUCAUGACACUGUACCUCAUCCAUUAACAGUGAUAGAUAAUGAUAUAAUACAUGUCCUAUAAUGGUAACAAUACUGUAUUCUCCUGUAACAUAUAUAACUCUUGAUGCUAACUCUCCCUGUAGUCCCCAAGCCAAAGAAUAUUAAUAAUUUAU